UUACGAAAGCACUUCUGACCCUCUGAGAAAGAAGGGAUGGAUAGUAACAUCCACCUAGGUAGUUUGAUAAGUCGCCAUGAUGAUGAAGCGACAAGAACCUCUACCUCAGAAGGACUGGAGGAGGGUGAAGUGGAGGGGGAGACUCUCCUGAUUGUCGAAUCGGAGGACCAGGCAUCAGUGGACUUGUCUCAUGAUCAGAGUGGGGAUUCCCUCAACAGUGAUGAAGGAGAUGUGUCCUGGAUGGAGGAGCAGCUGUCCUACUUCUGUGACAAAUGCCAAAAAUGGAUACCAGCCAGUCAGCUGAGGGAACAGCUCAGUUACCUUAAGGGUGAUAAUUUCUUUAGGUUUACUUGUUCCGAUUGCUCAGAAGAUGGCAAGGAGCAGUAUGAAAGGCUGAAGCUAACAUGGCAGCAAGUUGUCAUGUUGGCAAUGUACAACUUGUCUCUGGAAGGAAGUGGACGUCAAGGUUAUUUCAGGUGGAAAGAGGAUAUCUGUGCUUUUAUUGAGAAACAUUGGACUUUUUUACUAGGGAAUAGGAAAAAAACUUCGACCUGGUGGAGCACAGUAGCAGGUUGCCUCAGCGUGGGAAGUCCUAUGUACUUCCGUUCAGGUGCUCAGGAAUUCGGAGAACCAGGAUGGUGGAAACUUGUUCACAACAAGCCCCCGACAAUGAAACCUGAAGGAGAGAAGUUGUCUGCCUCUGCUUUGAAAGUAAAAGCCUCAAAACCAACUUUAGAUCCCAUCAUUACUGUCGAGGGACUUAGAAAGCGGGCAAGUCGCAAUCCUGUGGAAUCAGCCAUGGAAUUAAAAGAGAAAAGAUGUCGCACUCAGGAAGCGAAAGACAUUAGAAGAGCCCAGAAGGAAGCUGCUGGCUUUCUUGACAGGAGCACUUCUUCGACCCCUGUAAAGUUCAUAAGCCGGGGCCGCAGGCCAGAUGUGAUUCUAGAAAAAGGAGAAGUGAUCGACUUCUCAUCCUUGAGCUCCUCGGACCGCACUCCACUGACUAGCCCGUCUCCAUCUCCCUCUCUGGAUUUCUCUGCCCCCGGGACCCCUGCCUCUCACUCAGCCACGCCCAGCUUGCUUUCAGAAGCAGAUCUGAUUCCAGAUGUGAUGCCACCACAAGCCUUGUUUCACGAUGACGAUGAGUUGGAAGGUGAUGGAGUCAUAGACCCAGGGAUGGAGUAUGUCCCGCCCCCUGCUGGGCCAGCAGCUUCUGGGACAGUGCCUGGGGGCAGGAAGAAGGUCAGAGUACCUGCACAUAUAAAGCAGGAGGAAGAGAGUGAGGAGGAAAAACCUGACAGGAUGGACAUUGACAGUGAAGACACAGAUUCCAACACAUCUUUGCAAACAAGGGCUCGAGAAAAGAGGAAGCCACAGCUGGAGAAGGACAGGAAACCCAAAGGGCCCAAGUACACCCCUGUUAGCAUCUAUGAGGAGAAGCUGCUCCUGAAGAGGCUGGAAGCUUGUCCCAGUGCCGUUGCCAUGACACCAGAAGCUCGGAGACUGAAGCGUAAACUGAUUGUCAGACAAGCAAAAAGGGAUAGGGGAUUACCACUUUUUGACUUGGAUCAAGUUGUUAAUGCUGCUCUUCUGUUAGUUGAUGGGAUUUAUGGAGCCAAAGAAGGAGUUUCUAGGCUUCCAGCUGGCCAAGCCACAUACAGAACCACCUGUCAGGACUUCAGAAUCCUUGACCGGUACCAGACUGCCCUGCCAUCCAGGAAAGGAUUUCGGCACCAAACCACCAAGUUUUUGUACCGUUUGGUAGGAUCAGAAGAUUUGGCUGUGGACCAGAGUAUUAUCAGCCCUUACACUUCUCGGAUCUUGAAACCGUACAUCAGGAGGCGCGAUUAUGAAACAAAACCACCCAAACUGCAGCUCCUGUCACAGAUUCGUUCCCACCUGCACAGAAAUGACCCUCACUGGAUGCCGGAGCCCGAUGCACCUCUCGAUUACUGCUAUGUCCGGCCAAAUCACAUCCCAACGAUCAACUCUAUGUGUCAGGAGUUUUUCUGGCCUGGCAUUGACCUUUCUGAGUGCCUGCAGUAUCCAGACUUCAGUGUUGUCGUCCUGUAUAAAAAAGUUAUCAUUGCUUUUGGCUUCAUGGUUCCUGACGUGAAGUACAACGAAGCUUACAUUUCAUUUCUGUUUGUCCAUCCUGAAUGGAGAAGAGCAGGGAUUGCAACUUUCAUGAUUUAUCAUCUGAUUCAGAGAGAGAAAAGAAUACUCAGCAUGCCAUCCGUUUCCUCGGUGUUGACGAAUGCUUCAGGGGAUGUUUUGAUCAGUGGCAAAGUGUCAUUCGGUUUCCAGCUGUUGCCAGGUGUUGCGAAGUCUCAGCUUCAGUCCCUGACAUCUCUGGUUUCCAAAACCAUCUACCUCCUCUUAGAAGAGUUUCUUCACCUACUCAUUUCCCUCGGGCGUUCUCCUUUUCAUCUUGUAUUUUUCCGCUCUCUUGACAGACCUGCAUGGGCAAGGAUGUCACUCUGCACGUCUCAGCAAGCAACCCAGCAAUGCUGCUGUACCAGAAGUUUGGAUUCAAGACUGAGGAAUAUGUUUUAGAUUUCUAUGAUAAGUAUUACCCCUUGGAGAGCACCGAGUGUAAACAUGCGUUCUUUCUGAGGCUCCGACGCUGAUGGGACUUGAAUAGAGCUCUUCACAGAGAAACACAUAUGCUUCUACAGACAGGUCUUCACAUAGACCUUACUCAUUUCACUGUGAGUCUAAUCUCUGCGGUUAGACAUUCAUCCAAACUCUCAGCGAAGAUGAGGAAAGAGGUGGGCGGUAAAAUCGCUGUGUCCAGUCCUUUCUGGAGAGGCCUUCAACCCACAUCUUGGGACUCCACAGUUAACUAACACUGAGAUGCUGCUGUCCUCCUUCCAUCAGACAGUUUGUAAGAUUAAAAGUAUCUAAACUGAUACUCUUGGUGAGAGAGAAUUCGUCUGUCCUAAUUUAAAGAAUGAGCAAAUGUGAUCGCUGUCAAAGAUUCAUGCCGAGUCCUGGGAUGAUGAGAGAUUAUGAAAUGGUUACAUAAAGGGAUGCCAACCCUUUUCCCAGACUUGAUGUGUUGUCAUUGAACCCAGCAGGACUUUAAGUCACUGAGGUUCUGUUGUCGCUCUCUGACUUUGGUCACAGUCAAAAUAAACUAAAUGUUGUCUCUAUACA